AUGCUGCUGCCUCUGCUGCUGGCCCUGUUCUGGGUGGAGGGAUAUGGAGACUUCAAUGGCGGUUAUUCACUACAAGUGCAGAGGGAGGUGACAGUGCAGGAGGGCCUGUGUGUCCAUGUGCCCUGCUCCUUCUCCUACCCCUUGGGAGACUGGAAAGAUUCUGACCCUGUUUAUGUCUACUGGUUCUGGAAAGGGGCCCACAUAAACCAGGAUGCCCCAGUGGCCACGAACCAUCCAACUCGACCAGUGCAGAAGGAGACCCAGGACAGAUUCCAUCUCCUUUGGGACCCCAAGACCAACAACUGCUCCCUGAGCAUCAGAGAUGCCAGAAUGGAUGACAGCAGGUCAUACUUUCUUCGAGUGGAGAGAGGAGGUAUGAAAUUCAGUUACAGAUUUGACCAGCUCUCAGUGAAUGUGACAGCUACAGAAGACCUCAGUGACGGUCAUUCACUGCAAGUGAAGAGGGAGGUGACAGUGCAGGAGGGCCUGUGUGUCCAUGUGCCCUGCUCCUUCUCCUACCCCCCGGGAAAAUGGAAAGACUCUGACCCUGUUUAUGUCUACUGGUUCUGGAAAGAGGCCCACAUAAACGAGGAUGCCCCAGUGGCCACGAACCAUCCAACUCGACCAGUGCAGAAGGAGACCCAGGACAGAUUCCAUCUCUUUUGGGACCCCAAGACCAACAACUGCUCCCUGAGCAUCAGAGAUGCCAGAAGGGGUGACAGCAGGUCAUACUUUUUUCGGGUGGAGAGAGGAGAUAUGAAAUACAGUUACAGAUUUGACCAGCUCUCAGUGAAUGUGACAGCCCUGACACACGUGCCCAACAUCUCCAUCCUGGGAACCUUGGAAUGUGGCCUCCCCAGGAACCUGACCUGCUCUGCGCCCUGGGCCUGUGAACAAGGACCACCUCCCAAGAUCACCUGGGAUGGGCCCUCGGUGUCCACCCAAGUCCUCACUACCGGUCGCUCCUCUGUGCUCACUCUUACCCCACAGACCCUGCACCAUGGCACCAACCUCACCUGUCAGGUGACCUUGCCUGGGGCUGGUGUGACCACAAAGAAGACUAUUCAUCUCAAUGUGUCCUACCCUCCUCAGAAUUUGACGGUGACCGUUCUCCAAGGAAACAACACAGCACCCGUGACCAUGGGGAACGGCUCAUCUCUGCCAGUCCUGGAGGGCCAGCCUCUGCGCCUGGCCUGUGCUGCUGACAGCAACCCCCCUGCCAGGCUGAGCUGGACCAUAAGGAGCCUGACCCUGUGCCCCUCACAGUCCUUGGGUCCUGGGGUGCUGGAGCUGCCCCAAGUGCACUUCAGGGAUGAGGAAGAAUUCACCUGCCAAGCGCAGAACUCUUUGGGCUCCCAGCACAUCUCUCUGAGUCUCUUCCUAAAGACUGAGCCCACACGUGAAGCACAGCCUGUGUCAGAAGUGAUGCUGGCAGGGGUCUGGGGAGCCGGAGUCACAGCCCUGCUCUUCCUGUCCCUCUGCAUCAUCUUCAUCGUUGUGAGGUCCUGCAGGAGGAAGGCAGCAAGGCCAGCAGAGGGCGCAGGGGAGAAACGCGCUGAGGAUGCAGACGCUGUCAGGGGCUCAGUCUCUCAGGGCUCCAUGAUUGGCUCCCAGAUAGAUGACAGCUCCCCAGACCAGCCUCCCCCAGCCGUGGCCUCCUCUUCCUCAGGGCAGGGACAAGAGCUCCUUUACGCAUCUCUCAGCUUCCAUAAGAUGAAAUCUCAGGACCUGAAGAAAUCUGAGGCCACCGACAGUGAGUACGCGGAGAUCAAGAUCCACAAGUGAGAAAGUGGGGUGACUUGGCCUGGGUUAAGGGUUACCUGCCCCUCAAGCAAAGGACACGGCAGUGCCAAGUCCUAGAGAAUCCAAGCCCUCUAGAGUCCCCUGCUGGGCAAAAGAACCCCAGAGCUGAAUUCUCCUGAGUAACCGGAACUCCACCUGCUGUCUAAUAUCCCCCCUUCCCUGAACUCCGCCCCAUACGCGGGUGCCCACUACUCUACUGUUUACUUCUGUGUGUUUGGCUUGUUUAGAUUCCACAUAUAAGU